AUGAGCUACAAGUGCCGACCAGUCUCAUUCGAGUCGGCCUCAUUCUGCGAGGGCGAGCAAAUGGCGAUGCAAUGUCGAGAAGGACGAAGAAUGGCGAUACAUGCAGCAGAAUGGACACAUGGAAGGGAGACAUCUACCUCUACGCAGCCCGGAACAUCUUCUUGUAGUUUGUCGCCUGGGAGGGAGGCAGCUGUUAAAGGUGGCUGUGGUCGAGAUGUUCUAUCGGAGCUGCUCAGCUGCCAUGGUCAACCCGUAUGCUCGAUGCCGCUCGAUGAGAAGCGUUUGGGGAAAACCUGUGGGCGACCCAACGCUCUGCACGUCACUUUUGUGUGCGUCAAUGAAGAAAUCUUCAGCGAAGAAACCCUCCGCGGCGAGCUCCAACUCUCCAAACAUUUCAAGUACCUAGAAGGCUCGGGAAAUGGAUGGGAAGAGGAAAAACCCGCUCAAAUCGAGCAGAAGCCUCCUUCACAACCCCAGAUUCCACCUAAAGAAUCCAAACCCAAGCCCGAGAAGCUGAAAAAAGAGGCCAAGGAGAAGCCCGAUGAGAAGAGAGAGGUCUUGCCAAGGGAGAUUGCUGUUGAAGAGCAUAUUGAACAUUCUAUGCGAGAUCAAUCUUCCGUUCCUCGUGGGCCCAGCGGCCCGAGCUUCAACGAGCCGCCUCCGCCUAUUUUGCUGAGUGAUGCGGAAAUGCGCGGUCAGCCGCUAAAAGAAGAGGAGGAAGAGGUGCCGGUGGAGGAGGAGAAUCCAAAUUUCGUUGGUGUGGCGCAUGAUGUACUGAUGGUCGCGAAAUUUUUUGGAGACCACAGUCAAGAAGCCCUCUGGGUCGUGGGUAUCGGUGUAGCUCUCUGCGUCUGUCUCCCUCUAGCUGUCUGCCUCUGCUUCUGCAGAGCCACCCAACGCGACAAAAACAACGGCAAGAUCCGAUAUUCAAUCGAGACGAGCCAAUUAUUCGCCAAGGGAAGCCAGAUGCUCGAUGGCCCUUCACAUCUCAUUGACAUUGGUGAUCUGCCGGAGGAUACUUAUAUACG